AAACGUCUAGGACAAUUUUUUUUUUUUAAAAAAAAAAAAAACGUUAGGACAAUUUUACUUUUCGCUAAGAACCUGCUAGGGUUUCUUUGUUUUGGGAUCACGAGUUUUGAAGUCUGUAAAAUAAAUGUGAGAUUCACGAUAUUUUUUAGGGCAAAUCAUUUCAGCUCUCCAAUCGCCUCCAUCUCUAUUCUCGUUCUCAACUCUGAACUUGCCCCCUCCCUCUCUCUGUAACUGCAAACUACAAAAACUACAAGAAUCAGAAGUUCAAAACCCAUAUAGUUCAGUUUUAUCUAUCUGUCUGCAAGAAUCAGAAGUUCAAAACCCAUAUCGGCAUAUGAUUUCAGAUUGUUCAAAAAAUCAAAACCCAUACCUUUCAGUUUCCAUCGCCCGCUGUUCCAGUUCGGGUUCCCCGUUCGCAAGCUUCAGCAACUGGCUCUCAACUCUCAAGCUUGCCCCCCUCUCUCUCUGCAACUGCUAACUUGUAUUAUAAAGUAACAAAAUUUGCAUUGCAUUUUGAGGGUUAGCAUCGGGCCUUAACAUUUAGCAAGAACAAGGUUCGAGAAACAUGCCUCCUCAGUCAUCAGGUUUCUUUUCUGAAAGAAGAGAGUUGAUGGGAAUGGGUGGUGUUGGCAAAAAGUAAAUAAGAAGGGUUUGGACAUGAAUCACCACAAAAUGGGGAUACUGGGGGAAAAGAUUCUGCACAAAACACUUAUGAAAUGUCUGGACAAGCUAAUUCAAGUAGCCUCUAUAACAAAACUUUCCCUGAAUAUUUGGUUGACAUUGGUCUUGCAUUCUUCAGAAAUGUCUGGACAAGCUAAUUCAGGAGGAUCUGAUGAUGGAAGAUCUGAUGAUGAGUUCAAGUUCAACACUACCUUUGAAGGGUCUGGACAUGAGUCACCCCAAAAUGGGAAUACUGGGGGAAAGGAUUCUGCUAGUUCUGGGUCUGGAGACGUACCACCAAAUGGGGAUAAUACUAGGGAAAAUGGUUUUGCACAAAAUACAUCUUUGGUCUUGAUAUCUUUGGAAAUUUCUGGACAAGCUAACUCAGGAGGAGGAUCUGAUGAUGGAGGAUCUGAUAAUGAGUUCAAGUUCAACAUUACCUUUGAUACCGUGGUGUGGAUCCAAUUUGUAGCUCUGGUGGUGGGCGGAUUGUCUUUAGGCCUGCAGUAUCUCACCUACCUUGACGAAUAUGAAUCAAAGAAGCUGGCAAGAGAAUCUUUAAUGCAGGGAGAGAAUCUGUAAAGCAGCUGAAAACGAUGGUAGACACUCUUGGUAGAAUUGAGCUGCAGGGAAAGACCUCUUGGUGGAAUCGCUUUUUGGGGCUUUUUCGGUAAGUUGUUGUGGUUCUAUCAUUUACUUAUGAAGACAUGAGACUUAAUUCUCAUCUUGGAUUCUGUAUUAUUUUGUGUGCAAGUUGGCAGUCGGUUAGACCAAUCGUUUAUAUACCCUUAUAUUUGUGGCCAUUGGAUCAGAUCAAAUUUGAUCCAAUGGCUAUUAUUAUCAAAAUCCUUAUAUUGUUUAGGUCAUGAAUCUCACAUUCUGCUCCACGCCACUCCUUUGAGAUUCAAGAGGCUGCUCGACUGCUAUUCAAGAAAUUCCAAAAGUGCUCCAACAAUGGCAACGAAAGCUCUCCUGUUUGUACGUAGAUUCCGGAAUCUACCAAUUCCCUCCCCAAUGUUGAGACGUUCUUCUCUUAUUUCUCCCACCAUGACACCAUUUCUGGACAAAUGGAAGCCUCUCCAUCCCAUUCCGCCUAAUCCUAAUGUGCAUUUUCGGUGGUUCCCCCAUUUUUCGGUUUUUCUUCUCUGCCAUUGUCCCCAUUUUUCGGUGGUAUACUAGGGAAAUGAUUCUGCACAAAAUAGAUCUGUGGUCUUGCAUUCUUCAGAAAUGUCUGGACAAGCUAAUUCAGGAGGAUCUGAUGAUGGAAGAUCUGAUGAUGAGUUCAAGUUCAACACUACCUUUGAUACCGUGGUGGAUCCAAUUUGUAGCUCUGGUCGUGGCCGGAUUGUCUUUUGGCCUGCAGUAUCUCACCUACCUUGACGAAUAUGAAUCAAAGAAGCUGGCAAAAGAAUCUUUAAUGUGGGGGGAGAAUCUGUAAAGCAGCUGAAAACGAUGGUAGACACUCUUGGCAGAAUCGAGCUGCAGGGAAAGACUGAGCUGCAGGGAAAGACCUCUUGGCGGAAUCGUUUUUUGGGGCUUUUGUUGGUAAGUUGUUGUGGUUCUAUCAUUUACUUUGAAGACAUGAGACUUAAAUCUCUUUUUGGAUUCUGUAUUAUUUUGUGUGCAAGUGUACCAGUCGGUUAGACUGAAGAUGAAAGAUGAAUUUAAAAAUAGACGAUGUAUUAUUUUGUGUGCAAGUUUUGACCAACGGUUAAUUUAAGCACAAUUUAAACA